AUGAGAGGUCCUCGUUGUCAUCAACCUUCCUUCUUGGCCUUGAACCGAUUCUUAGUACCUGACUGGGCCAACGAGUACAUCGCCUAUACCAACCUCAAGAAGACCCUCUAUGCCAUCGAAAAGUACAAUGUCCAGAAUGCGAUUGAAGGAGAAACAGCGGUCCCUCCUCCUCGGCUGUCGGAUCUUGAACAUGGCCAAGGAGGAUCAUCGUCAUCGGAAAAACGGUCAGGAUUCAGACGCUUUAUCGGGAACAAGGAAAUCAAGAAAGAGGCAGUUGCUGCUGCCGCCCAGGAGGCUGCUCUUCAUGGCGAGAGCGAGAUCUUUCCAGUAGAGAGCGCUGCAUUCGAACAGGAGCUGACCAAGGAGCUCGCCAAGAUCACGGCGUUUUAUAUUCGCAAAGACCGUGAACUGGCUGCAGAACUCGAUGCGGUGGAUCGUCAAUGGCAGUUGGAAGAAUUAAAAUCGGCACCCCAGCAGGACCACGUCGAUAUGGAACGCCGCAAGUCUAUUAACAUUUUCGACGAGAAGCGCUUGAACAAUCAGGAGAAGACGCAAUUGAGCAACAUGAUGGGAUGGGAGAGAGAUGGGCUUCAGGACAGGGACGAGGCUGACAGUCACGAAGGUGCAUUGCACCCCGUAUCCCAUGGCGGCGCCCAGACUGUCAAUGGCACUACAAUUGGCGACGGAAGCGUCCACGAGGGUCAAGGCAGCUCUAUUAGCCCAGGAACCGCCAUUGCCAUAUCCGAGGCCGACGGAAGCGAAUACCACCAUCCCGGGUCUCAUGGCCGCAUGAGCUCUGUUGGAGACUUGACCGAGAUUGUCUGGAGACGCAAGAACUUGAUCGAGUCAGACGACGACGACAGCACCAAGGACAAGGCCAAGAAGACCUCAUUAUCUUCAGGAAAGGUUCACCCCAUGGACGGAUCACUUGAAGCAGGCCCAUCCGAUUACUCCCAACAAUACCAGCAGCAACCAGAUCAGCAGCAACAUCGGAGCUCACAAUACCUCCAGGCACCCUCCUCCAAACCAGGCACUCGCCGCCAAAGCUUUGACGAUUUGAAGGAGCCCCGUGUUGACUUAAGUCUUCAACGAUCCACAUCCCAAGUCAGCCACCGGCGCAGUUUCUCGGUGGACCCACGACGUUCAUUUUCGGCUGUUCGCGACAUUGUCACUGGCGGAGGCACCAUCACCCGCGAGAACCCUAACCUGCGUCCAUCAGCCUAUGCACCUCUCACCGCUGAGGCCCUACUCCGCCGACGCCUCAUCGACACCUACAUGCUUCUCUCGGAGUUGAAGUCGUAUGUCGCCCUAAACUAUCUCGGAUUCCAAAAGAUUAUCAAGAAGCAUGACAAACUGGCCCACACCAACACUUUGGGCAAUUACAUGUCGACGGUCGUUAACCAGGCCCCGCCUUUCAAGGUGGAGUCUCGCCAUAAUUUGGACUCACAGAUCCUUCGACUUCAGGCAAUCUACGCUCGCACUUGCACCAACGGAAGCAUGUCUCAGGCCGCCAAGGAGCUCCGCGCCCAUCUGCGAGAGUACAUUGUCUGGGAGCGCAACACUGUCUGGCGAGACAUGGUUCAACAAGAACGCAAGGCCGAGGGAGCUCGCGCGGUCGAUCCCAAGGAACAAGAGCCGUGGAUAGUCUUUGGCCAUGCCAUCCAUUUCAUGAAUGCCGCCGAUUUUCGCCGGCUCGUCCUCGGUAUUAUUGGCUGCGGCAUCUUUGCCCUGCUGAUGAGUGUCUCUAUCUUUGACACGCGCGAGCAGAACCGGUGUUUUGCGAUCUUGAUCACGGUGGCCUAUCUUUGGGCGACCGAAGUCUUUCCUUUGUUUGCCACAGCGUUUUUGGUCCCACUGCUAGCUGUUCUCUGUCAAGUCAUGCGCGACCCGACGACCAAGGAGACUCUUUCAACGUCAGCUGCGACCAAGGUUGUCUUUGGAUACAUGUUUUCGUCUACGAUCAUGUUGCUGCUCGGUGGUUUUUCUAUCGCCUCGGCCCUCUCCAAGUUUGGCAUUGCCAAGGCCAUUGCUAGUACUGUUCUGAGCAAGGCUGGUACGGAUCCAAAGUGGGUUCUUCUCGCCAACAUGUUUGUCGCCACUAUCUCCUCCAUGUUUAUCAGUAACGUCGCCGCUCCUGUCCUCUGCUUUUCUCUCAUCCAGGUAACAAAAAAAUAG